AUGUGGAUAGAGGUAUACUUCCAGGAUAAAUUUGCAAUAGAGAAGAAGAUAGAAGAGGCACCCCCUGGAAACUACUUUCAAAAACCAGGCAGGGAGAGUGAAUAUAAAGACAUAAACAGCAGGAAGUUGCAUAAAGCAGAAGAUAUUCAGAAGAAAUGUGUAGAUGAUAGUGAAGAGGAUUCGGAGUCUGUGGAUAUGGGGUAUAGAACAGUAAGAGAAUAUAUAGUAGAUAAAGAGGUUGGCAGAUAUCGUCUUAUUGAUAAGAAUUUAUCUGGGCCGGAGAGGGUUCUGUGCGGUAGCUGGUCUUUUAAUAGAAUAAUUCGGUGGAUUGAAGUCGGCGUGCCUGCCUUUUUUGAGACUCUUUCUUUUGGGCUGAGCAUAGGUUCGUAUAUAAAAGCUUAUGAAAGUACAGAGACUAUCAUUCUUGUAGGAAGCACUGGGAUUUGUGUAUUUUCUGUAGGCCACCGAACCAUAGUAGAAUAUAGUGUAAUACGUGAAAUAAAAGUGCACAAGAAUAUGGAGAUAAUAUAUAUGGAUAAUGAAUGGGUAGAUAGUAAUUUGUGCACUAGUAAGGCUCUUCGCAGGAAGAGUAUGAUGUGA